ACAUGGAGCAGGAUUGUAUCGCUGGUCUGUACCAGUUCCUGGGAAAGUCUGUCGGAGCAGAGUUCACCUCUGAAGAUGUGAGUCUCCUCUACCUCAAAGUGUUUCAUGUUCCCUCUGACAUCGAUGAAGCACAUGCAGCGAUGAAGAAGAUUACAGAAGGUGACAAUAGCUGGUCCUGUGUUGGUGAAAAUGUGUUGGAUGUUCUCCUACAAAUGGAAAGGGAGAGGAAAAAGAAGGAAAAGCUCUACUGGGACCUCCAGCUGCGAAAUGUUGGAAAUCCGAAUACUCUGUAUGCAAUGGACAAGCCAGUCAUCAUCGAUCCUCAUGUGCUGAAUUGCCUGCACCAAAGCACAGAUCCAAAUACUCUCAUAAAAGCUCAUAACCGAUCCAAUUCAGGAUCUUUAAAGUCAUGCCCCUUUGACACAGACAGUUUACAGAGGGAGAGAACGGUGGGGAACAAAGAGCUGUAUGGGAGUGUGAGACGUGUGAAGAGUCUAACAAAGGCUGCCAGGCAGUGCUGGGCCAGAUUGGCAUUAGAGGGUGUACAGAGUAUAUUGCAGUCUUCCCGGCAGAGCCAAAGCCUCGGGGUCAGAAGUCCGGCCUGGGGCUUUGUCACCCUGUCAGACAUCCUCCUAUUAGUGGAAGUGAAGUAUGAUGUGGUGACCCACUUGCUUUACACAGAAAUGCUCAUGGAACACUACACUCCGAAUAUGUGGGAGACUAUGUUGCCAUGCCAACAACACAUGGAAGAGGAGGAGCUGGAGGAUCUUGCAGAUGAGGCGUUGGAGUCAGGUGACAUGCUCCGUUUGGCUGAGUUGCCAGGAGCAUUCAGAAUAUACAGGGCCUGCCUGGGAGCAUCUUCUGGAAGCCAUCCCAGGGAGCGGUCGUGGUCUGCCCUUUCGCUCUUGUAUGAGUUACACACAUUUCGUCAAUGUGAAAGGGACACACUAACAGUCCUGGGCGAGAGGCUUGACGGGGAGAGCUUGAGACUGCUGUGUCUAUACAUCAGGUUGGCAACUUUAAGAGCUCAGAGAGAAAAAAUGUCCUACAGCGCCCUUCUGGCUGCUCGGCAGUCCUGGGAGACGUGGCCACAUGUUAAGUGUCCAUGCAGAGCAGAAUGGGCGGCCCUGUGGCUACUUGGUGAAGAGGAAGAGCGAAAGAAAGACUUUAUUUUGUUGUCACCACAGCAGCAGGCAGUGUUGCAGUUGCUGGUGCUGACUCAGGAGCAGGAGAGGAAGCACCUGGUCAAGUUGGUACACGGGGUCUCCCCAGAGGAUUUGCAAGAGCCCGGUUGCAGAGUGCUUCCAAAAGAGGAUGGCCACAAGCAGGCCGCUUUAAGAAAUGGCUGUAUAAAAAGGCUGAGGCAAAUCCAUGCCAGCCUGCAUGGAUGCAAUGAGACUCAGACCCCCUUAAAGCAAACAAACACUCAGCCACAACUCCAGCCCCAAACGCACACAAGCAUAAGGAGUAAACACCAGCUGGAGGACUGUUCUCUGCUCCUCUUGACCCAUCUAAUGGAGCUCCAGGAAGUCCAAGCUUCUGCAUUACUGCUGGCACUGAUGGACAAGAGUGUACAGCAUGUCCAGGCUCUGCGAGAUGAGUAUGAAUCUGAACUUCAAGUGCAGCGCUACACGAACCUACUCCAACUCCUGGUCUCAGAUACCCCUCUUAUACUCACUCCUUCUUCAAACUUCACUGAAAAUAGCAGCAAUGAGCAAAUUGCAGCUCAGUCCCAUUGUGGUGGACCGGUCGAUGCUCAAAACAGCAGUGGUGAACCAGCUGAAGCUUCGACUGUCAAUUCAGUCAGUAGUGACAGUAGAGAACUGAAUCAGGUGCAAGUUGCAGAUGGGACUGACAAACAGGACGUCUGUAUAGGUUGUGGAGUGGCCAUGGAGGACCUGCCCUACUUGGAGAUCUUGUGCGUAUCAGAUGCAGCAAGUAAUGCUCAUCAGAGUCUGGAUGCAGAGACAGGACCACAGGAAGGAGAGUGCGGGGCAUCAAAGAGCCCCCAGAGCUAUGAGAAACAGGGCUCCCUGAUCACCCUUGCUUGGAGCAAACCAACAGAGGAGGACACUGACUGUGAGGCAGAGGCUGCAGGACAGAGCUGGGAGGUUGUGAGCAAGACCCAAGUCCAGCCAAGUCAUCUUGACACACGGUCUACAGACCAGCAGUGCAACACAGUAGGACAGUUAACAUUGGAGGAUAGAACAAGAGACGCUGUGCCUGAAUGUGACCUUCCAACACAUGCUUUGGAAGCAGAGAUCCUGGAGGCAGUGCAGCCACAUCUCUUGGUUGACCCUUCUGAGAUUAAACAGCAUGCUGGUGACCUUUGCCCUGGACUGAACAAUGAGACAGCUAAUGUGGAAAAUGAAGGUGAUGAGGUUGAAAUGGGUCCUGCUGCACCAGAGUCAUGGGACCUGAGAGGGCCUGAACCCCCUCACGCUGAGGACCAGAAAUAUGAUUCACAAGCCACAGUUGACUGUAGCCCCGCAGAGCGGGAAUCGACAAUCAUGGAGAGAGAGAGCGCCACAGAACCAGUCUCUGCAAUGGAAAGGGAGAGGACAAUGCGCAACCUGGUGGACAUGCAAAGAAAGGUCGAACAGAGGCAGCAGAGAGACAGAGAGAGACAACUGCUGAGGGUUCAGGAGCGUUUGUCGAUCAUCCAGAACAGAAAGGCAGAGGAAGACCUGCUCGGCCUGAAACACACAGACAGGCUGAGGCACCUCACACAAGAUCUACCGCAGGAGGAUAAGAACCAUCAGAAGACAGUUGUCAGAGAGCGACUGGAGCAGCUGAGAAGAGAACGAUCCUAUGUCAUGCAGUCCAAACGAGACAGGAAUACUGCAGGAUUUAAGGAACUCCUGGGCCCAGUAGCACUCCAGAGCAGGGACACAGAUGAUGGAGAUGACUGAAAAACUAUUGCUUAAAAUGAAUGUGUUAAGUCUUAAAUCGUUGUCAACAUUGUCUAACAACUUCAACUCACAAAAAUACCACAAAGUGUUUUUUAAUUAUUUAAAAUCAGAUAAUAUUCUGAUGUGUUCAAGUGAAAUGCUGCAGAUUUUGAUGAAUAAGUGGAUGCCAUCUCUGUGGUCAUUACUAAAAAGAUCUUAAGAAUUCAGGUUGUGCAUAUGAAAUAAAACAAUCUCAAACGUG